AUUAGAAUAAUCCUAUCGUAUCAGAUUUUUUUUUCAAAGGCUUGUUUGUACUAUUGCUUAAGCGAAACUUUUAAUGGAGAUCCUCACAAUGUGGUUAAGGCUUUGCAGUUUAUACACUUUUGUAACGAAGGGUGGCUUAAAGCUGAAUAAUCCUGCCUCUUUUCUACGUUGCACAAGAAUCGCCAUGUAAGCAAUUCUGAGGCAUGUAUUAAAGGAUUAGGGUUUAAACUGCAUGGGAGGCAGGAGGAGAGAUGGUUGAAUAGGAGAUGUUUCCAUUUGGGCCAUUGUCUUACCUUGUCGACAUGUAAUCCAUAUUUCACAUUGUUAACAGGCAGUUUUAGACUUUAUUUUAACCUCUGGAGAGAACAGAAGUACAAGUACAUCCUCCGUGGGACAAAACUCGUUUUAGGAUUUUCUUUUCUGCCGCUUUUGUCCUUCAACUUUCUUUUAGAGCAAUAAAAUGUACUUCUGGAAGCUUUAGAAAGUGCAAAUAGUUUAAUAAGAGGAUCCUGUAUGUGCUGUCCAGCUUGACAGUGCAUACGAGAAGAAGAAGUGUUUACCUAAAUUUAGAUAAAGAAAAAAAAAAAGACAUGCCUCAGGAAAGAAAGACUUCUCCUCAAACUCCCUGUCUCCCUCCUGAGAUUCGAAGGCAAGCGCUUUUGUUUUCCCAUCUUCUUUUCUCAACAAAUGGAUUUCUUGGAAUUGUAAUUGCAAAAUUUGGGGCUUUUCUGUUUGUUUUCGUGUGUCUUUGAUGGUUUCCUUUAUGUUUACAUGCUACACAUCCAUCGGUGAUGACAAACAAAAGAGACGUCUCUCUGAGCAAAAGCUGGAAAUUGUUUCUCUGGUUUGCGAUGGUAAGAAAAGCAAGAUGCCUUCAGGGUCUGUCUGUGAAAUAUUCAGGAGGGAAGCAUGCUGUGCAGAAUCCAGUUCCUCUCUGAGAAAGAGGUUCAGCUAUCCGAUGACCAAGUGGCACCCACAGCAGAAAGCAUCCGACGGUCCCGCUGUAGGAGGCUCCACGUGAUGCCGCUCUAUCUACAGGGUGCUGGUUAAAUAAACACAGUUUAUUGCAGCCUUGCUCCAGGGUGUUAUGAGCAACACAAAUGACAGCCUGACAGCAGCGACUGAGUGACACGGCCCCACUGCAACACACGCUUGCAGCUCGUGGAAACGAAUUACCGGGUUUCUCUUCUGGCAUGUUCUUUUGUGUCUUUGUUCAGACGGUCACCCGUUUUGUUUUGUGUCAGUAUUACCAUGAAACUGUCAAGUACGUUGGUGAAAGCAGCCUUUCCUUGUAAUUUCUUUUUUUUUUUAGGUUUUAGUAUCUAAGCAGGAUCUUUGUGUGCAAACAGACAUAUCCUGGUUAUGAAGUAUUUGAUAAAUGUCACCUAUCACAACUCUCCACCCUUUAUUCAAACCAAGCUCUCCUCCAUCAUUUUUAGACUGGAGGGAGGGCCAGGUAAAAUUUACCAUGAUAUUACUGAAAAGGUUUUUUUUUUAAUUCCUAAUCAUUACCAUUCUUUUUGUAAUUAUCAUCGCAACUCAAACGAGGGAAACUGUCGCUACUUUGAUGGUCAUGUUGAUGGCAAACCUGGUGAGUCAGCAAAUUAGAAAACCAAAUUUGAAUCCAGUGGUAUUUACAUACUGUAUGUUUGGUUACGACAUCUGAGUCUGCACAGGUGAAGCAUGAAAGGAGCCCCGCCCCUGGAGAGCAGGGCUUGUAAAUAGAAACGGGAGAACGAUCCUUAUACACUUGAUCCUGGAGGCGAAGAGGCGCAGUCAUCAGAUCCCAGCAGCUCUUUUACAAUGAAAACCAGACGGCUCCAGUCAGCUGAGGGCCAUUGACAACACCGUUCAAAAGGAUCAGUUAACCAGCCUAUGUUUUCCCACAUUUUUUUUCCAGCCAUGCCCAUCGCAGAGCUUUUGGGAGUGCAGUUCGACAUGCAGCUACUGUUGAAACUGAGUGUCUCUGUGCUGGCAGCAGUGCUGCUUUCUUGGGCCUACAGGUUCUACAACUCCAGGAAUGUUGGAGAAACUCUGCAGAGUGGCAAAGAAGAGGAAACGCCACCGCAUGCCACCUGCCAGAACUGCAAGAUGAAAAUACAGCACCAAAGCUUAGAAGAUUCUGCCAAGCAGGCUGCAUCUGUCCACACAAUCUCUGCCUCUGUUGACCUGACAUCCGACGAAAACAAGGAAACGGCAGCAGAGGCUCCUCCACGCCAGGACGAAAACAAAAAACACAAGGAGGGAUUUAGCUAUUCAAAUACUGACCAAGACGAGUGCAAGGAUCCAAAUCCCUCCCUGGCUGCCAUCAAUAAUGCUGCGUUUUGCUUCUCUUCAACCCUUCAAGAGCCGGCAGAGAACUGCACUGGCAGCCUCUCUGGACGCCGCUCGCCGUGCAUUUCAAAGUUGCAAGGUGGAAUGAGUGUAGGGAGAGCGUUAAGGCAGGACCUGGAGCGCCAGGAGGUCUAUUCCAGCUUCCUUUCCAAGGCAGAGAUCAAAGUAGAGGAUACAAACAUUGUGCUGGAUGGAUCAGGAGACCAAAUCGUGCACGGAAAGAUAUAUGAAUACUUUGUGGAGACGUCCUCUCACUCGGUAACAGAUUCCAGUUACAACAGAAACUAUGAGGCAAAGAUGGUGGAAUUUGGAAACCCAUGCAGCAGACUCAUGGAGUCCCCCCCCUUAGCGAGUUCCAUCAUCGUGGCUGAUCUGGUGCCUCAGCAAAGCAGUGUCACGGAUGCCGCUUUGCAAAAAAGCCCCAAGCUGAGACAUCCAGAGAGGCCCGCCCUCCUACGUAAGGAGAGCUAUCAGUUUGCAGCAGAGGAGUCCGAGCUUCUCUUUCCCCUUGAGAAUCCACCGACUCCAGUGACUCACUCCCUGCUGGAUUUAGCAGGCAAUGAGAAUAACUUCCCUCCAACCGUCAAAGAUAGAAGAAAACGUAAAGCAGUGGAAGAUCUGGAAACUGUAGCGGGGGCUCCAUUCAUGAAUUUUUCUGCAGAAAUCUCAGAUGGUACAGAUCUGGAAAACAUAAAAAGCAAACUUGAUUUGGGUAACUGUUUACAGGCAUUUUAUUUAGCCAAGAAAAACGGCAACGUCUCUUUACAGCAAGCAGCUCUGAGGGUUAUGUCAGACAACUACCUUCAGGUGCUCAGGGACCCCAACCUUUAUGGACGCCUUAUGGCAGGCGAGCGUGAACAAAUUCAGAAACAGAGAACGAAGGCGAGACGCUUCGUUGUUGUUGCAGACAUGAACCCUCAAGACUGGCUGGGUCACACUGAGGGACUCAGAGCAGCUGUAGAACAGAGGAAAAUGUUGAGUCAAAUGUACUAUUAUGAUGACUACAAAGACUCCUGGCAUCCAUUGUGCCCGAUCCCCCCUGAGGUUAUCUCUAAAGCCUGUGCCAUGUGCACCAUGGAUAACUACUUAUUUGUGGCAGUGGGUUGCCAAGGCACAGACAGAGGAAUGCUACCCUCAAAGCGAGUGUUCUGCUACAACCCUUUGACAUCCAUUUGGAAAGAGAUCAGUCCUAUGAAUGAAGCCAGGCCUCGCUGCAAACUGGCAGCACUGGAGGGAUGCAUUUAUGCCAUCGGAGGGGAGUGUCUCUCAACAGUGGAGCGCUACGACCCGCGACUAGACAGAUGGACAUUUGUGGCGCCGCUGCCUAACGAUACGUUUGCCGUGGCACAUCAUGUGACAGUGUGCGACGGAGAGCUCUUUGUUUGUGGAGGUACUCUGAGGUGUCUACUCCUGCGCUACAAUCCCAAAGCCGACACCUGGAGGGCAGGGGUCAUGGUAGGAAGCAAAGACAGGGCAACAGACAUGGUGGGCGUGAGGAGAUGUCUGUAUCGGUUUGAUCUGAACCCACUGCUGGGUAUCAGUGUGUACCGCUACCACACGAUGGCGCGACUGUGGUACGAGUGCAGCUCCAAGCGGCUUUCUCACUGCCCGGCCUUCCAGUGUGUGGCCAUGGAUGGAACAAUCUACUGUAUCAGCCAGCAGUUCACCAUGAGAUUUGAUGCUGACGACGUCUCGCCAGCUUUCGCAGAAGAGCAUUUCGGUGUCCUCUCUGCAGCCAAGGGCAUGCUUUUCCCCUUCGUCCUGUCACUACCUGAUAAGAAACCUCGCCAGACAAGUGUGUAAAAAGGAUUCGGAGGUUCUUUUUGUGUUGGUGAGAAGAUUACCUGAUGACUGAGUAUCCUCACAGGAGCAUGCUUUACAUCAAGUUUAUAGUUGAUGGUGUGAAUUUUAUUUUGCAGAACCCGCCCCGCCCCGAAAAUGUUAUUGCAAAACUGUGAGAUUGCACUGUCAUUUCCUUGAGGUGUUAUUGAGUUCCUCUUUCCAGAAAGAUACAAUGCAUUACUUUCAAAAAUGACUUUAUUCUUCACGGGUUGCAAAUUGCACAGAGACUUAUGCUCCUUACAUCUCAUCCCUGGCGGCAGAUGUAAAGUAUUGGAUUGUAAAUGCUCGUCAAACUAAUGUUUGCUCAGAUUUAUGCGGGACUCACUGCCAUGUUGAUUGUUUUCUUUUAUGAUUUGCCACUCCUUGCUGCCAUUACGCUGUUUUUUUUACAUUGUCCCAGAUGCUUAACCGCUUCACUGUGAACAAUAACUCAUUACAAAAAAUCGCCGUCUAAAUGAGUUCGUUCAGCUCUAACACACACAGAUAGAGCAAUAUUGUGAUAAUCUAUCACUGUGCUCUUCUGUGUAGGGCACAAAUAUAACUUACACAGUGGUCUGGAUACAAACCCAUUAUCUACAUUUGCUCUUUAAACAUGACAUGAUGUAAAUCGUCAUGCCAUACAUUAUGAAUAGGUGUGCUUUUGAAGCAUCUAUCACUGUUUGAACGUCUUCCAACACUUGCAGUCAUUAUAGUUAUGUGCCUAUAGUUUGUUGUAUCUGUUACUCGUUUGAUUGCUGGUCUGAUGUACAAACAGGACAGAUUUACUUUUGUAUUUAUUAUAAGUAAAUAAAAAAAAGGAAAUAAAUCCUUUAAAUCA